CACAAUUCUUUGAAAAUGGCGGGAGGACCCGACGGCAAGCGGAGGACACCUGUGAAGGCCGAACGCCGUCAUUCAAGCUCUGAAGAGGACGACUCGUCAGACGAGGAAGACCAACGAAGUCGACCAAGACCACGCACGAUUGAGGAGUGGAAGAUCGUGAUUGAAGAGGAAGUCCAACGUACUGUCCCCGAAGCUCUCCAGCAAGUCGUGGCGAAUGCAAGGAACCAGCGGCACGACUUGUUGAGAUUUGCCUUGGAAGGCGUGACUGCCGCUCGAAAUCUUGCGCCUUUGGCCAAGGUAUAUUCCAGCGAACUAUUGGACGACCUGAAGCAGCUCACCAAGGACUACGUGCGCACCCAAGGCCACAUUGGACACUUCGAUGCAAAACUGUCCGAGCUUCAUGAAGAGCUACAGGCCGGCCGUGUCCCCAGUUCGUUUGAUCAUCUUUUAAAAGUGGAUUGGUAUCCAGCAGACGACGACAUUCUGAACAAGCACGAAUAUGUUAAGCUGUUCGACGCUGUUGCGGGGAUCGAACGGGAAGAGGAUGAAGACGAGGACGUAAUGGUGCAAGAGUCGAACAGCCUGCGCAACAUGUCUUGCCCCAUCACUCAGAUGAUCAUGCAGGAUCCCGUCAAAAAUCCCGAAUGCGGUCACACGUACUCGAAAGUUGGUAUCGAAAGCCAUUUGAAGCACAAACAGAGCUGUCCUGUCGCUGGAUGCCGCAAGCGUGUACAAAACCUCGAACCCGACGUCGACAUGGAGGUCUUGAUCGCCAAUCGAUCAAGAACUAUCUCGGCCCCAACUGCUGCGGGAGCCACUGCCGUCGACUCGGACUCGGAAGAAGAACACAUUGUCGAAUAGCACGAUGUCCUGCUUGCUUUCCCUUCUUCGUCCUCCAUACCGUUGUCACUUGCGAAUGACGUUGUUACGUUUUCCAUCGAGCGAGUGGUCGGGGGGUUGUUGGUCACGGUCAAAUCGGUAGAGUUCGUAAUGUUGGAUGCAGCGUCUGCAUCAAUCCAAGUCCGCUCGAGCAAGGUGGUUAGAUAUCGAGGUAGAAAUAGAAUGUUUAUUGCGCGCUUUGAAUAAUGUCGACAAAUUCG